AUGCCUAGAGUAACAUUUGAUAGGCUGGAAAUCAAGCCGGAAAGGCUUAAACCCACAAGAAAUCUGUUGCUAGGGUUCGAUGGGAAACGGGUGGACCCCAUUGGCAUGGUAGAGUUGACUGUGCAGGAUACUGAAAGAGCCUUGACGGAGAUAUUUAUAGUCGUUGAAAUCCAUCCCUCCUAUAACCUUCUGAUGGGAAGAGGGUGGAUCCACAGAGUCCAGGGUGUUCCAUCAACUUUGCAUCAAGUGAUGAGGUGUUUGAGUCCAGAUGGGAACAAAGUAAUUGACAUUCAUGGAGAUCAGGUUGCGGCCAAGGAAUGCUACAUUAUAACUCUGAAGUCUGCUGGAAAAGGAAAAGCACCUAUCCGCUCAGCUAGCCCCAGAUAG